UGAGAGGAAGCCAGCUCAAGAAUUGGCUUCCUCAGCAUGGAGGGCCUGCAUUGCACAUCGCGGAGUCACUCUUUGCUCUAUUGUCCUUCGGGGCCAUAGUCGGCGGAAUUUUUGAUUUAAACCCACUUUUCAUUGUGUUGAUGGCUUGAUGCUAUCUCAUGAAGAAGAGUCUUGUGUGAUGUGCCGCGAUGCUGAGGUUAGACAGGUACUUCUCGAUUGCCCUGAUCCUGGGUUGAUGUGUGAUGAUUGAGGCAGACGUAAAGUCUUGGCGCCCAAGUCUAUUUGUGAAGUUCCACAGCUCAUGAUUCGAUCCGGUUGUAGAAGCCCAAUAACGGCUCUCAUCCUUUACCUCACGCUCACACUCGCCGUAGCCUGUGAAUUGAUAUGCCGAUGAUCCGAUACUUCUCGACUCAUGUACUUGGUUACAGCAUGGCAUUGCGUGGACGUGAGUACUUGACAAAAGGGACAUCGCGCAUUUGCCUGUUUACUCGAGAUUUGCCAAACAUACUGCCGUGGUGACUGCAAAUGCUAGAUCCAUUGACGAGCAUCUUGAUGGCUUCAUCGAAAUAUAUCCAUUCUACAGUAGCAUAAAACUUCGUUGUCAGCAUCAGAUGCCAAAAUGAAAUCGUCAAAGGGUCUCCUGGGUUUGUGCUAAAUUUACACGAGUGUUUUUGGCGCUUGGGACCCAGGUUCUCAGGUAGUCGACAUCAUCUUCCAGUAUCUCCAUCUUCACAGCCCACCAUCCUCUCACCCGAAGCUAUUCCGCACCAAUCACAUUCCCACAAUUCCUUCUCGCAGCAGUUCGAAAAAUCUCAUGACACCACUUUCCAUCCUUCCUGUCAACGGCCAAUCCAUUCGAUCACCUCGCCCUGGUAACUAUUCUCCGCGGAAUAAACCCUUCCUCACACAGAGACAAUGGCUUCCAGGAUGGGCCCCCGGAGCGUAAAGGACGCAACACGAUUUACGUCCACAAUCCCCCACGCAACAUCGAAGGCCGCGCAGAGAGCACCACGCAUCCCAGGCGAAACACCCGAGCAGCGAGUGAGGAGACUGCGACAGGCUCAUCUUGCUGCUCAGCAUGCCAGCAUUAGCAAGACGGAUAAGUUUAUCGAUGCUUCGAGGAGAAUCUUCGAUGUAGCGCAUCGUUGGACGGUGGGAAGCAUUGUGGUGUUCACAGUUGUUGCAGCUGUUGUCUCCGGAUACUCUGUCUGGGAUAUGAUUCGUUACAACCGAGCCCGCCGAGCCGAAUGGGUCGAGGCCCAGAAGCUACUUGAAGCCGAUGAGCUUGCUAUGGCACGUCUCGCCUACAUCAAGGGCGAAGCUACAGAGGAACAGAUCCUUCUCGUCGAGGAAGCCAACCAAGCUGCCGAAGCAAGAGGCGAGAAGCUACCACCUUUGCUCGAGGCACCUUCACACCGCACACAUUUUGAAGAACACAUCAAGCCCACAUUUAAAGAAAACACAGAGGAGAAUGUUACAAAGCCAUCAAGUGGGAAGGGUGUACUAGGGAUUUUCUCUGGUGUGCUAGGCGGCGGAGAGAAGAAGGAGGAGUCAACACAAGGCCUCCAGGAUUAUCAGACACAGUCAGUCGAGUCGGGAGCUGUCAAGGUGAGGUUGGAGGAGGCGAUGGCAGCAGAGCGGGAGCGUCAACAAAAUGGAGGCCCCCUAGACAGGCUAGGUGUUGAGCCGCCUGCAGGCUCAACUCCUAGCAAGUCUUGGUGGAAGUUCUGGUGAUGUGUAUAAAAAUCUAAUUGGAAAGAGGAACGGAUGGCAACAUGAAGGAAAACAAAGCGGAGUGUACGUGGUGGGACCAAAAGGAGUGUAUCAUAUGUGUAGAUUGGCAGUGCAUUAGACGGCGUCGGGGGACCAUCUUGUAUGUACCAUCAGGGAACAAGUCUACUUACCACAUCUAUUCAAUACCAAGCGAUCAAAUAAGCGCCACUGAUUCUUCAAGUUGGGUGAGAUGAUGAGCUGCGAAUGUCUCCAUUACUUAAAUUGACAUUAUCGCUAUUCUGGUAUUGCCAUGCAUACCUGACGAUCUCAAGAUCGUAUCGCUAACUUCCGAUUCCCUAUUACAGGGUGGUCAAUGUAUACCCGUAAUGACCAAAUGCUAUCCAUACCCGCCCGCUUGCCAUUGCCUAUAACGCCAAGUAAACAAAAAGAAAAAUGAAAAAGAAAAGAAAAAAAAGGAAAGAAAAAAUCAAAUAUUGUCUUGAACUGGCAGAUUCCAGUCCGUCUCUUCAAAGGCCCGGUCAUGCCUGAAUUAUGGCCGUCUGUGAUAGUCUGAGCUAUCAAAACGUUUGCAUCUCCUCACAAGGUUGCAAAAGGCGUAGGACUACGAUUUUCCCUUUCGCCGAUGGAAGCAAUUUCCCCCGAAACAAAAUCACUAAAAGCAAGUUUGCGCCUCUGUCGUUUCUUUCUCCAAUCAAGCGGCCUCACGCCACUGUCCUAUAGUGAGGGUUGUUCGUCAGGAUCUAGGAUAAUCUUCUCUUUUCCCUAAGAAACAAUGAUGUGGUUGAAGUGUCCUGGAACCUUUAAGCGGCACUUUUCGCAGUCUGCUCGAUAUCCUAUGCUGAAGCUCUUCUUCAUGCCGGGCUGCCAGGUCCAGUUGUUGACGGUGUGUCGGCUGCGAAUAUGGCCUCUCCUAGGAGAAGGCGUUGUUGGAUCACCAUCACCAUCAACUGAAUUGCCCGAGCAGUGGGAUUCCACAUCCAUCAUAGGAUGUUCCACAUCAUGGGGAGGUGAAGGCUCAACAGUCACAUUGGGAUGUUCCAUACCGGGGGUGACAAAACCAUGGGCACUGGCAUCAAAUUGCAUACCGGUAGGGGUGAUGGGUUGGCAGGCCAUGGAAUCAUCACCUUCGGAAAUGGGUGAGGGAAGACGUCGUUCAUUCUGGAUGGCUUGCCAUCCUCCGGCCAUUGUGCGAGGGACACUCUGAUCAUCACCAAAGCCGGUGUUUUGGUGACCUAGGUUUGCAACACCGUUGGGAGUUGUCACAGCCUGCUGACCUCGAACCUGUGCAGCAAAGCUAGGCUGAAUAGGCGUGGGCAGACGCCCGUUUGCGUUGUCAGAUUCUUGGUGCAUCACCCCAAGUCGGCCUUGUUCGUGAUGUUGGGGUUGAUAUGUCUGCAUCAUAUCCAUGUCGGUGUCUCCAUGAGACUGUGAUGUCAUGUUCGUUGACGAUGACCAUUGUCGAAUUUCUG